UAGUUUAGAUAUUUAAUCCGGUUGCCCACUUCUUCCUGCAGAAAAUCUGAGCAUCUAAGAUCAAUGGCGCUCCGAGCUUCAGCCGCGAGGAAAACCCUAGGGAACUGGUUUCGUGUCGGGAAAUCCAUGGCGGUGGGGGGAUUAGGGCACCGACAAGCUCGAGGCUUGCAGACAUUCUCGCUUCCUGAUUUGCCCUACGACUAUGGUGCUCUCGAGCCGGCCAUCAGCGCAGAGAUCAUGCAGCUUCACCACCAGAAGCACCAUCAAACGUACAUCACAAACUACAACAAAGCCCUCGAGCAGCUUGACGAAGCUGUGAACAAGGGGGAGACUGCCAAGGUCGUCCAUCUGCAGAGUGCUAUCAAAUUUAAUGGUGGAGGUCAUGUCAAUCAUUCUAUAUUUUGGAAAAACCUCAAGCCUAUUGCGGAGGGAGGUGGUGAGCCUCCGCAUAGUGCGCUUGGUUGGGCCAUUGAUCAAAACUUCGGCUCUUUGGAAACUCUUAUUCAAAAGAUAAAUGCUGAAGGUGCUGCUCUGCAAGGGUCUGGAUGGGUUUGGCUAGCUUUGGAUAAGGAGGCAAAGAAACUUAGAGUUGAAACCACAGCAAAUCAGGAUCCACUUAUUACGAAGGGGACGAACUUCAUUCCUUUGCUUGGAAUUGAUGUUUGGGAACAUGCUUACUACCUCCAGUAUAAGAAUGUGAGACCGGAUUAUCUGAAGAACAUAUGGAAUGUUAUUAACUGGAAAUACGCUAUUGAGGUGUACGGGAAUGAGGUGGCAUAAAUGGGGUUUGUAGGUCUCAUAUCAAAUAAGCCUUGGUAUAAAAUGUUGUGGCACUUUGUUCUAUUUAAUUUCCUAUUUCUGCAAUAAUAAAGAGUCAAAACACUAAUCCCUCAUUUUGUAUUGAAAUAUGAAUUAUUUUUAUUUUUCUUUGAUAGAAAAGAACAAGGAUUAUUAAUACCAUUUGAAUCAACUAGUUAAAAUCAA